CUUGCAAAUUAAGCAUCCUUAAUUUUUAUACUUUUUUGAGAUCUGAAUUUUACUAUGCAAAAAUUGUACCUUUAUGGUAUAAAUUUCCCCCCACAAAUUCUUAAACUCUAGACGAGGAUUUGGAAGCGCUUCAUUUUUUGGAAAAAUGGUUUUAUUAUCCUUUACCUUAUAAAAAAUCAAUUCUACAACCAUGGACGAUUUAUAGUUCUGUCUAUCUAGCAACCAAAUUUUUCAAUAAUUUCGUUAUGUAUUCGAAUAUUUUUUGAAAAAUUUUUCGAAAAAUAGUUAGAUCGCAUACUAUUUUCUUGACAUCUAGGAAAAAUUAAUUUUGCUCAUUUUUUUGACGAGUAUUAGCAUUCCAUAUGAAAAAACUAUGACUUCAAAGUUAAUUAUCAAUUAUACUCUUCCUUUUGAUAGGAUUGCUAAACUCAAUCUUCUACUUCAUAAAUAAAUUUUAGUGAUCAAAAUAUUAUUCCUUGGAAUUCUUCAAAUCAUAAAUACUAAAUAUUAUUGCCUUGUUCCUUGAUAUGUCGUACAAAACAUCUCCUAACAAUUCCCAUUCACAGGGAGAUGGAUACCAGCCAGGUGGAGAGCUGGAUGAAGCGGUAACGAUGGGAGAUUUAGGAACCAGUUUUUGGGAUCUAGGACAAUAUAAACGUACAGUAAAAAGAAUAGAGGAUGGUUAUAGACUUUCCACGGAAUAUUCAAGCAUGUUGCAAGAGAGGGGCGCAAUUGAGGAAGGCUAUGCUAAGGCCCUUCGAGCUUGGUCCAAGAAAUGGGAUGAGAAAAUGGACAAAGGCCCAGAAUAUGGGACGAUGCAUUCUGCUUGGAAAUGCUCCCUCAACGAAUCUGAACGCUUAGCCAGGAUUCAUAUAAGUAUACGCGAUGGGCUAUCAGCUCAUGUCCUGAGAGCCAUUAAAGAUUGGCAAAAGGAAAAUUUUCAUAGAUCCGUCGUUCCCCUCAACCAAAUCAAAGAAGCUAAAGAAAUGGAAGAAACAUUUAGGAAGACUCAAAAACCAUGGGCAAAAUUAUACAAAAAAGUUUUAGAAACAAAGAAAUUUUAUCAUUUAAUGUGUAAAUAUGAAAAAACGGCCGUAAUUCAAGAAAGUAAUUCAAGAUCUGAUACUAGUAAAUCUCCAGAGGAACAAAAACGUUUACGGGAAAAGGUUGAAAGAUGUAAGGAAGAUGUUUAUAAAUCUAGAGAAAGGUACCAAUCUUCCCUAAAAGAACUCAAUAAUUGCAACGCGAAAUACAUGGAAGAUAUGAAAGAAGUAUUUGAAAAAUGUCAAAAGAUGGAAGAAAAUAGAAUGUCUUUUUUCAAGCAAAUCCUCUACACACUCCAAAAAAGCUUAGAUCCCACUCAAUAUGACGAUUUAUCUAAAAUAUACGAAGAUUUACGGAACGGAAUAGAUUUUGUGGAUAUACCGAAAGAUUUAAGCCUAUUUAGUAAUACAAAUGGAAUAGGCACUUUUAUGAAUUGGCCCGUUUUUGAAGAAUACAGUCCUGAAAUACACAGUAUCAGCAAAAGAGUGGGAAAGGCGGUGGGUGGAACUGACCUAGACUCUGGUGUCACCCUUAAAUCCAUAGUUCUCAAAGAGGGAGUCCAUUUAAAAGAUGAUUAUAGCAAAUACAAUAAUGACUCUCCCACAUUUAAUAAUGGCUAUGAUAAUUUGAAAAAUGAAUCAAGAAUAAUAGCCCACCAAAUUAAUGAUGAAGUCAAUAACUCAAUUGACCACGAUUUGCCCGAGGAUUUUAAUUGCCGUUUAACGCUGCCCCCACGAGCGUCCUUGGAAAGUCGCCCCUCAUCCACACCCUCUGAACUUAAAGAUUCAGCUGAUAGAAGUCCAGGAAUGGAUGGUAGGCCUCACGUGAUAGUCAGGGCCCUUUACGAUUACUCAGCUCAGGAAGAUGACGAACUUAGUUUCACUCGAGGAGACAUUCUGCAACAACUUGCUGAAAAAGAUGAACAGGGCUGGUGUCAGGGCCGUGAUUCCCAUAAUAAGGUAGGGCUUUACCCAGCAGAAUACGUCAAGGCAAUUUAGGAUUGUUUUUUUAUAAAAAGAUCCUCUCGAUAAUUAUCGUGUAUUUUUUUUAACCACUAAAGUGAUUUAUUUUUAAGAAAACCCUAUAAUGUAAAUCGUUCAUUUAUAUCUUUAUAAUCUAUUUCCAUAUAUUAAAAUUAAGAUUUCAGAAUUAAAGGAAUAUACAUAAUACAUAUGUUUAAAAGAUUAAGAAAAUAGUAAUCAGAUAAAUCAAAGAUGUACUGAUACUGAUCUUGGGUCAAUGUUCAUGGGAUAUUGGUCAGUAUCGGUGCUGACCAAUACUAUAUUUGACUAAUACCAGUAGCCGAUAUUCAAAAAUUAUAACCUUCAUAAAUUAAAUUCUUAAGUCUACUAUGAAUUUGUAAAAAAAUUCUAAACCUAUGCGGUUAAUCUUAAUUUCCUAUUUCUUUUAAUUUACUUUUAUAAAUGAUAAAUAAAUUUUAAAAAAUGAGAAUAUUGAUGAAUUAUAUUUUUGCUUUUUUUUCAAUAAAUAUUAAUAAUUUAUUGGGUAUUGGCUUAAACAAUGCUAGUAUUAAUUUGGAUAUUAGCUUAAAAGUAUCGGUGAAUCUAUACUUUUCUUUACUAUUUUUGUAUGCAUGUGGCUGCAAAUUUAAAUCAAUAAAUUGUUUCCCAUUUUAAAAAAUGCCAUUUCAUUCUAAACGAAUAUCAAGUAAUUAUCUUAUUUUUUUACAACUUAGUACAUUCCAUAACAAAAAUUAAUACAAUAUAU